CUCGGCGCGAGCAUGAAGGUGACCGUGUGCUUCGACAACGUGAGGGUGGUGGUCCCGUGCGGGGACGGCACUCUGCUGGUGCGGGACCUGAUGCACGAGGCGAUCCUGCGGUACAGGAAGGCCACUGGCAAGAGCGACGGCAGCCUGGCGGUCAACAGCCUGUCCUCGCUGACCGGCGGCGGCCUGCUCGACCCGGACGACCGACUGUGCGACGUGGCCGACGACCGGGAGCAGAUAGUCGCGCACCUCGCUGGCGCGGACGCCAGCCACGUCGGCGGGGACGGCGCGAGCUCGGUCGGCACCAAUAGUCCCGACCUGUUCCACCGGGACGGCAAGGAGCAGGCGUAUCCGCUCGACGUCCAUUCCUCCGUGUCCAAUAGUAUUAAGAGGGAAAGUGCCAAGCGUCUGUCGAUGCACGCGCUGUCGACGAGGGAGCCCUCCCUCGCGACCUACUCCGCUCAAUCCCUGCCCAGAGUGUCACGGCGCAGGGAGCCCUUAGGUCAGGACUCCAAAGCCUCGUACGAGUUGGGCAGCGCCGUCGAGGCCGGCGGCCAGGACGUGCGGGAGAUCGUGAUAAAGAACGAGGCGGGGCCGCUGGGGCUGCACGUGGUGCCAUGUUACGACCUGCUGGGCAACGAUCAGGGGCUCCGGGUCGAGGGCAUCGAGCCCAACGGCCGCAUCGCCAGGGACGGGCAGAUCGACCUGCACGACAAUAUCAUCAAGAUAAACGGCCACAACUUGCUGCGCAUACCCUUCUCCAAGGUCCAGGAGAUCUUCCGCGCGUGCAUCAACGACCCCUGCCUGCAGAUCUCCGUUGUCAAGCACAAGACGAACAUGCGGGGCGAGAAGUCGUUGCACAAGAGCCACGGCAACACCAGCGGCGGCUCGGAGAAGGCCGAGGGCGACGAGAGCGUCAAGAGACUUCAGUGCAGCAACUACAACCUCCUGCAGACCGCCAACACCAGGAAGAUCGGCCGGAUGAUAGAGAUAGAGCUGGUCAAGGGUGGCAACGGUCUAGGCUUUAGCGUCACCACGCGCGACAAUCCCGCCGGCGGCCACUGUCCCAUAUACAUUAAGAACAUCUUGCCGAAGGGCGCCGCGGUGGAGGACGGCAGACUGAGGCCCGGCGACCGGCUGCUCGAGGUCAACAACAAGGAGAUGACCGGCAAGAGCCAGGCGGAGGUGGUGUCGCUCCUCAGAAGCAUUCCAGCGGGCGGCAAGGUCAGGCUGAUGGUGUCGCGGCAGGAGGAGAUCUCUUCCAACAUUCCAGAUUCUCAGGGUAUCGCGACGUCCGCCGUCGCCUCCGUCGCCUCCGCCGCCGCGUCCCCGGCCGCCGAGACGCUCGACAAUUCCAAGUAUUGGAGCGCGUUGAACAGGUCGCCGGCAAAGAGCGAGGCGCACGACAAGGCGGCUGUUCACGGCUACGACAAGUGCGCCUACAAGCCGAUCAAGUCUUCCGAGGACGUGGUCCUGUCCCCGCGCAAGAAUCGCGUGAUAAUGAACCUGGAUAUACCGGUGCACGACACCGAGAAGGCCGGCCUGGGCGUCAGCGUCAAGGGCAAGACCAACAGCUCCGAGGACAACAGCGGCAUGGACCUGGGUAUUUUUAUUAAGAGCGUCAUCCACGGGGGCGCGGCGUCGCGGGACGGCCGCUUGCGGACCAACGAUCAAUUGCUCAGAGUUAACGGCGUGUCGCUGCUGGGGCUGUCCAAUUCCGAGGCGAUGAAGACGCUGAGGAAGGCGAUGGUCAACACGGACAGCUCGGUGACCGGCGUGAUUAAUCUUAUAAUAGCUAGAAGGAUAUCGUCGUACGACACGAGCGAGAAGAACACCGUCGACAGCCUGCAGCCUCACCGCAAGCCGGAGUCUGUCAGCAGCGUAUACAUAUCGGAUUCCUCCAAGAUCAACGACGGCAUGGUUAAGGAGAAGAACACCCUCAACUCGCAGACCGACGUGUUGGACAACGGGGGACUGCUGUCCUGCGUAACGGCCUCGCCGUGGAACCCCGUCAUCGACAGGCUGACGGAGCAGUACGGCAAGAGCAGCCUGAGAAACGAGAGUUACUGCCUCGCCACCAACAAGACCUGGCUGGAGUCGGUUAACAAUGCCAAGAAGAUGAUAGGCUCGCGCGACGACCGGGUCGAGGCGGUGCUGCUCGAGGAGUCCAACAACGACAGCUCCCAGGGCAACGACGGCAAGCGGAACGCCGAGGACAAGGACAGCCAGUACUCCGGGGAUCCCACGUACGACAGCCAGUUGUCUCUGGAGGAACUCAACUCCUCCAACAAAUUUUCGCGCGACGCCCUCGGCAGGCAGAGCAUGUCUGAGAAACGGCACGCCGCGCUCGACGCCAAGAACACGGACACCUACAAGAGGAACAAGAAGCUGCGCGAGAACAAAAACGCGGAGCAGGUCAGCCAGAAGCCGACCAACCAGACGAGCAAUCACUCGGCCGACCUGUCGGACUAUCCCAAGAGGAGCGGCAAGUCCAACAAUUUCGAGAAGCAUACGAGUAAAGGGGCCUUGGCUGGCAACGCGAGUGCCGACAAUAAACACUACGAAAAGCCUGUUGAUGUUGCUCAAUCGGAAUAUAUGUACACUAUACCCGGAUGCAAUAAUAAAUUUCUCUCGCCGAAGAAGCAUUGGCUCGUGGACGAUGUGCACGGCGAGGUUACGAGUAGCAAUAAGGGCGAGCGAGAGGGUUUCUCCAACAGCCGCGGAGACGUCAAGCAGGCCUCGCUUAAUUCAGCACUGGACGACCGGUACAAGCGGAAGAAGAACGGCCUGAGGUCGAUACUACGAUUGAACAGGAAUAGGAAAUCGCUCAAUUUUGGGGACAGCAUAGAGGCGAGGCACGAGACUAGUAAUUACUGCAGCGGAAGAAUCAGUUAUAUCGCAUAAAUGCAAAGACAAUACGCAAAUAAAUGCAGAAAUUCUGCACAAGUAAAUAAUAUAUACAUACAUACCAACACACAUACAUACAUACACACACACGCGCGCGCGCAUUAUCGAGCAUCUGCAAAUUAUACACAUUUUUGCAUAUAUAUAAAUAUAUAUUUUAUCUAUAAAUAUAUAUAUAUAAUACGAUCUGUUCCAAAGUGCCUUAUAUCAUUAAAAGAGGAUAAUUAAUUCUGUAUAUAUAAUUUUGUACUUGUCUUUAACUGAUACGGAUCAUGUACUUACUACGACGUAAACGUUACACAUGUAGUUUAUAUGACAUCGGAAUUAAAUAAUAGUUCCAAAGGAGGAA